AUGUCAUCAGGGCUGCCCAAUGGGUCUCUCCAGCACGGCAUAGUGCGUCUCUCCACGCUCACAGGUGCUGUGCUGAGCCUGCUCUACGGGCGCGUAGUGAGCUCCGCCGUUCCAAGACUGUAUUCGUGGUGUGGGGCUGCCUCGAGCAGUACCUGGACCAGGAAUCAGGAGGAGGAAAUGUGGGACCUGGCAGGCAUUGUCAAAGACAGCUACUGCCAGUUCCCCGGAAGGCUGCUUCAGGACCCCACAAGCAUUGACAGCCCUAACCCCAAGUGUGAGCUGGAUGAUGUGAAAAGUGCUGCUAAAAAGAUGUCUCACAAUAAUACUCCGCUAAAGAGGAGCACAGUGGGUAUCCAAGACAGAUCAUCAACCCGAGAGAAAAAGUCAAGGUAUUCAAACAUCGGACUCAACACAGAUGAGAGACACAGACAGGCUGUCGCACAGUUAAUUCCAAUUGUAGACACUUGCAGAAUUGAAACUACUUUUGCGCCAGUGGGAGAAAAUAAAGCGGUUAACACCUCAAGAAAAACAGCAGCUGGAUAUAAGAACAUCAAAAGGCAGGCUAAUGAGGACAACGAUGUAUCUGAUUUUGAGCGGGAGUUAAUGAAUGAAAAACAUCACAGGAAAAAGAAACCACUGGACCCCAGGCAUCGUCUCAGAAACGCCAAAUUUACUGCACAUGAAAACUUGGUACUGGUGGAGAAUCUUAUACCGGUUUUUCAUAAACUCGCUGGCAAUAACUUAGCCACUACAGAUCCUGCCUGGAAACAUGCAGCCUGGCUAAAAAUUACUGCAGCUGUUAAUAGCUUGGGUGUUUAUCCUAGGCAUCAUGAACAUGUCAAAAAAAGAUUUCAUGACAUUAAAUUUGCCUUGAGAAAGAAAAUGUCAGAUGAAGAGCAAAGCAGGAGAUCGGGUGUUGGUGUACCAGGAAAAAAGAUAUUCUAUCAUGACUAUGAGGAAUUGCUAAAACCAUAUGUAUAUAAGGAAUCAUUUAUUGGAAUAGAUGGAGGCUAUGAUUCUUCAAAGCAUGUUAAAGAGCAACCUGGAACGUUACUCUUGUACUCAGAGAAUUCAAGUGAAAGUGGACUUUCUGUAACUGCUCAGGGAUUAGAUCUAGACACAGAAGAUGACGAUGAAAAUACCACAAAUAUGGAUACCCCAAUAACUUUUUAUCGACAGCACUCUUCUCAUCCAGUUGGUAACUCCUCUGCAGCUGAAACCUUUCCUAACUGUGUUAACUCCGUUGCUCCAGAAAGUGCUGGUGUAGCUGAUUCUGAUGUUACAGAUGCUGCUGUUGUUCCUCCAGCUCCCGCAUUACACAGGCAUACAGCAUACCGUACAAGAAAUAUGGAUCAUCAGCAGUAUGUGUUUGAUGUUCCACAAAGUGAAAGAUUGCAGGACAAACAAAAAAGCCAUCGCAAAUGUUUAAUGAACAGACUUGACGUUUUGAACAAUCACCUCGACAAAUUUAAUGCCUUGUAUGAGCAACAAAUUGCCACCACUCAGAUCUAUAGACAACAACAAUUACAUUUCAUGUGCAAACAAAAUGAGCUGCUGACAGAACAGUUAUCUAAGCUGGACUCAAUAGCCACUCUCCUUGGUGAAAGGAACAACAGCAGCAACAUCUGAAAUACUAGUGUCUAAAAAUAGGAAUUGACAUAUGUUGUUACUGUUUUGCAAACAUCUUCCAUGAUAGUUGAUGCACAUUGCUUGUAUAGGAACUGUUUUGUAUUGAUUUUUGU